GUCACCGGUUCCGUCCCAACACGGAAAUAUGGGAAAGUGACAAGAACGGCAACGUUGCUGUUAUUAUGGAUUUAAAGCGGUGCUGCUAGCUUAGCUUUCACCGUGUUUGUUGGUUCUUCGCGCGGCUUUAACGAUGUUUAACUGCCGGUGCUAACUCUCUGACAGAUGGACGCGCGCGCUGGAAAUGGACAGAGAGUUCGACCUCUGUUGCUAGUUCAAUAGCUUUAGUCCACCGUUUGUUCACAGCCAUGAAGCAAAGUGUUUUGGGGGUCAUGGGGGCUGUGGGACGCCUGCUCCUCCUCCUCCUCCUGCUGUCCUGGGAAGGCACAGUAUUUCAGGUUGGAGGAGUCAGAUCGGUCACCCUCCCAGAAUCCCUCCUGUUUGUCUCCACGCUGGACGGUAGUCUGCACGCCGUCUCCAAACAGUCAGGGAACAUCAAGUGGACCCUACGAGAAGACCCCAUUAUUCAAGUACCUGUCUACCUCACAGAGCCGGGGUUUCUCCCAGACCCCAACGAUGGCAGUUUGUAUAUCCUGGGGGGCAAACACAAGGAAGGCCUGAUGAAACUGCCCUUCACCAUCCCAGAGCUGGUCCAGUCGGCUCCCUGCAGGAGCUCUGAUGGUAUACUCUAUACAGGUAAAAAGCAGGAUGUGUGGAUCGUGGUCGAUCCUGAGACAGGCGAAAAGCAAACCAGUUUAACCACCUCCACCUCUGAAUCCAUCUGCCCCAACACUCCCCUACUUUACAUUGGACGCACAGAAUACAUGGUUACCAUGUUUGACACCAAGACACAGGAGCUGCAAUGGAACGCUACUUACAAUGAUUACUCUGCUCCACCAUACGAUGACAAACAGGACUACAAGAUGGCCCAUCUUGUGUCGAGUGGUGAUGGUCUCGUUGUGACAGUUGACAGAGAGACAGGUGACGUCUUGUGGAGUCAGAACUAUGGAUCGCCCGUCGUAGGGGUCUACCUGUACUCCGGAGACUCUCUGAGACACGCCCCCCACCUGUCCCUCGCCAUGGAAACGCUUCGCUUCCUCACCUUCUCUUCUGCCAACGACCAGGCAGACACACACUCCACACUGAAGUGGAGCUAUCAGUUUGUGAAGGAGCAAGCCAGCGCACAAACACAACUUGUACCCACUCUCUAUGUCGGAAAACUGGACACUCACCUCUACGCCUCCACGUCCCUUGUCCACCAUGGAGUCUCAUUAGUGCCUCAGGGACUGACUUUGGCUCGAAUCGAGGGUCCGGUGACAGCUGGAGUGACAGUCAGAGAGCGAGGGGAGUGUGAGAUCACACCGUCUACCGAUGUGCGCUACCCACCAGGGAGCACAAACAGCCAGAAAAACCACUGGCUGCUAAUAGGUCAUCAUGAGCUCCCUCCAGUCGCUCACACCACCAUGCUGAGGGAUUUCCCAGCCGGCCUGCAGCGUUCUGGCGAGGCAGUCAUCCCCCCUCGACCUUCUGCCUCCUCUGCCUCCCCUGCCUCCUACUACCAUCAGCGCUAUUUCCAGGCAGUUGCUGGUGGCCAUAGCGACACUAAUGCUAAUAGAGAGGAGGUGGAUGGGAAGACGACAGGACAGAAACCGGCCGCCGUGCUGCCUGUCUAUAUGACUCAGGACCGGCUCACUUUAGCUGUUCUGACGCUGCUGCUGGGAGGGUGGCUGGCCUUUGCGCUCACAUACCCUGUUCGCACAGCUCAUCAGCUAAAAGCUCAAAGGCAGCUGGAGGAGGCUCUUGAGUCUCGUCUCCAGCGCAUGCAGACAAACAUGCAGACCGUGACCCAGGUCACCUCAGAUGCAACCCUCUCCACUGACACAAACAUCUCCACUGAGUCUCAGCCUGCAUCUGCUGCCCCUCCACCUAGUCCUCGCACUCACAGCGGGGGCAGCACUUCAGAUGUCGAUAGAAACGGCACCUCAGGGCCCCAACCCACAGCGGAGGGAAACAGUGAGGAGGUGCAGGUUGGUAAAAUCUCCUUCACGCCGUCUGAGGUGCUUGGACAUGGCACAGCGGGAACAUUUGUGUUCAGGGGUAAUUUUGAUGGACGCCACGUAGCGGUGAAGCGAAUAUUGCCAGAGUGUUUUGAGGUAGCAGAACGCGAGGUGCAGCUCCUCCGAGAGUCUGACACACACCCAAAUGUCAUCCGAUAUUUCUGCACAGAGAGAGACCGCCUCUUCACUUACAUCGCCAUUGAGCUGUGCACUGCAACCCUGCAGCAGUAUGUGGAGGAUCCGUCUUGUUUUCCUGAGCUGAAUCCUAUAACUCUGCUGGGACAGACCAUGAGUGGCCUCUCACACCUCCACUCGCUCAACAUAGUCCAUCGUGACCUGAAGCCCAGAAACAUCCUCCUUUCUGGCCCCAGUGCGCUGGGUCGAGUCCGAGCUCUCAUCUCUGACUUUGGACUCUGUAAGAAGAUCCCAGACGGUCGGAGCAGCUUCUCUUUGCGGUCAGGAAUACCAGGAACUGAAGGGUGGAUAGCUCCUGAAGUACUGCGGGAUACUCCUGGCAACAAACCGACAGCAGCUGUGGACGUGUUCUCAGCAGGCUGUGUGUUUUACUACGUGGUCAGCAGGGGGCAGCACCCUUUUGGUGAUGCAUUACGUCGACAGGUCAACAUCCUGUCAGGAGAAUAUUCACUCUCGCAUUUUAUGGAGGAUAUACAUGAUGACGUCAUAGCACAGGAUCUGAUUGAGAAGAUGAUCAGUGCUGAGGCUGAGUCCCGGCCCUCCACAGCCUGUGUGCUCAAACAUCCGUUCUUCUGGAGCCCCGAGAAGCAGCUGCUCUUUUUCCAGGACGUCAGUGACCGCAUAGAGAAGGAACCAGCAGAUAGUCCGAUUGUGGUCAGACUGGAGACUGCAGGAAGAGGAGUGGUGCGAACCAACUGGAGGAUGCAUAUCUCAGUGCCUCUGCAGACAGACCUGAGGCGGUUCAGGACAUAUAAAGGAAACUCGGUCAGAGAUCUGCUGAGAGCCAUGAGGAAUAAGAAGCAUCACUACCACGAGUUGCCAAAGGAGGUGCAGGAGACUCUCGGCGAGCUGCCCGAAGGCUUUGUCAGCUACUUCACCUCACGGUUUCCACGGUUACUGAUGCAUACACAUGCUGCUCUGAGCAUCUGCUCCAGUGAGAGACUGUUUCACCCCUACUAUCUGUCCCCCAACGCCAAAUAGCAUUGACAUGACUCUGCGCUCCAUGCUCUGCACACACACUGGAGAAGUUUUUUGUGAGCAACAGAAAUUGCUGACAGUGCCCUGUUAUUGCUUUUGUAAAGCCCAUACUGAUUUUUGGGGGAAGAUACAGUGCUGUGAAAAAGUUUUUUAUAUCCCUAAAGUUCUUGUUAUUUCCUUUUUCUGCAGCUGUUGAUCAAGAAACGAUUUUAAUCAAACAGAAAACACUAAGAGUACGCACAUUCGGAAAGGCUGCAUACAUUUGUUAUAUUAAUCAUAGCAAUGUUUUUAAACUACAUCUUAAUGUGUGACUCCAUCAGAACCGUUUAUAAAAUAAAUUAGGUGAUUCUUACUUUUGCCGGAGCGACAUCUGAUUUUGUUUGUGGGAAACAAACACAUUAUAGCUCUUGAAUGAGAUCUGGAGAGCACAGUUAACAGAAGAGCUUUUUAAUAAGGUGCAGCAGGGAAAAAAAGACAAAAAGUGUAAUAACCAUGUCCUGUUACAGCACUGGUUUGAGCUCUAAGUUAGGUGAUGUGUGGAGAUUUUUUAUCCUUAUUCUACAUUGCAGUCCUUUUUAAAGUUUUUAAUAAUUUAUUGUUUUUUAAAAGCAAAAAUAUUAUAUAAUGGCCAGCCCCCCAAUCCCAAAUUAAAUCCCUUGUUCCUUGGCCUAUUGCACAAUAUUUUAUUGAAAUAUGUUUAUAAAUUUGCAGAUAUCCUGCUAACAGACCAACAAACGGGUCUGAAAACAUAACUUCUUUGACAGAGGGAAUUGUAUUUUUUUUUUCCAUUUUUUUCUCUACUGGAUAAUUAAUAGUAUAAAUACAGACAGGAAACCAAGGGAGAGAGGAGGUUAUAACCAAGUGGCAGCCUCCGGUGCUAAAAUAAUGAAGCCACUAUGGAAGUGCCAAAAACUGCAGUUCCUUAAAUGGCCACAUGAGGCUGGCUCCUGAAGCGAAUAACUCCCCACAGACCCCCAUGUUAAACAGCCGAACUUUACAGCAGAAAUAAACAUGCUUACA